AUGGACUGCCUUGACGAGGACGGCCCACCAGAAUUGGUAUCCCUGGAACCUGGUACUCCGACCAAGCAAACGCCUUCCACAAAUGAACUUCCUAGAGUUCCCAUCACGAUAGUUACAGGCUAUCUUGGUUCUGGAAAGACGACUCUGUUGAAUUACAUUCUCAAUGAAAGGCACGGAAAGAAAAUUGCUGUAAUACUUAAUGGCGCGUGUAUUUCUAAAUUCGGCGACUCUGUCGAUAUCGAGAAGUCUUUGACUGUGAACCAGGAGGGCCAGCAGGUGGAAGAAUGGCUAGAGUUGCCAAAUGGCUGUCUAUGCUGCUCUGUGAGAGACACGGGUGUGAUUGCCAUAGAGUCACUGAUGAGUCGACGCGGAAGCUUUGACUAUAUUCUAUUGGAAACAACCGGCCUUGCUGACCCAGGAAAUAUUGCUCCCUUGUUCUGGCUUGAUGACGGCUUGGGGAGCUCUAUAUAUCUUGAUGGCAUUGUAACUCUCGUGGAUGCGAAAAAUAUUUGUCAUCUCCUUGACGAACCCGCGCCCCAGGAAGUCCAGGAGACCCCUGGAGAUGCGGUUCUUACCACAGCCCAUCUACAAAUAUCCCACGCUGAUGUGAUAAUACUGAACAAAAGUGACCUUGUUUCGUCUGAAAAACUUGAGCAGGUUCAACAGCGGAUUACUGGCAUCAACGGCGUUGCUAAAAUCCACAUCACCGAUCACAGCAAAGUACCUCAAAUUGAAGGGGCCUUACUUGAACUCCAUGCCUACGAUAACUUAGCAAAGAUCGAUUUUACUGAGAAAGGACAGAGUCAACUUGACCCUUCUAUUUCUACUCUCGCAUUUACGAUUCCCGAUAUACCGGAAUCGAAACUUACCGUUGUUGACGAAUGGCUUCGUUCGAUAAUGUGGGAUCAACGGCUUCCAUCAUCGUCGAAUGUUAAAACCGAGGAGAAUUCUACACCUGAAUUCGAACUUCACCGUCUCAAAGCCAUCAUUCGUCUAACUGAUGGAAUUACUAGAAUUGUUCAAGGCGUUCGGGACAUUUUCGAAAUUUCUGUCGCAGAUAGGGAGACUCCUCCAUCUGUUGACUCCUCGAAGUUUGUUUUAAUUGGUCGAGGGUUGGGAAAGGAUUGGGAUAUCUGGCAAACUAGUCUCCUAACUCAGCUUGGAAUGACAGACAGUAUUUCAUAG